AGGUUGGAUGUCCAGUUCUCCGUGAGUCCUGGGACAACAGGAAGUCCGUGAAGCAAAACAUGGAAACCCUGGGUGUUGCUAUUGACGCUAACAAUGUCGUCACUAAGAUCAAACCUUCAAAAAACAAAUUUAUCGUUACGAACACUGAAGAGACAGUCGCCGAGACCCUUGACUGUAAACCAACGAUUGCUAAGCUCGAAGCUCAAGCAGCGAUUAAAAAACCUGCCACAUUCAGAUUCAGCAGCGAGCAAGUGAAAUAUAUUUCCUCCAUGAUGGACAAACAUAAACUAGACUUUAAAGCAAUGGCACGGGAUCCCAAAAAUCACUUCCAGGAAACCCCGAAACAGAUAGAACACAAAAUCCGCAAGUUUAUGAGUAUACCUGAUCAUUAUGCGGUUUAUUGCAAAGAACGAGGACUCAUAGAAUCAAGUCCUGCGAUUACAGAAGACUUAGAGAUGGACACGUAAAUCUGGAAUUAAAUAUUGUCGCCCUAAGUUCAACGUUGUGAAUGCUUUUUUGAUAAUUUCAGUAUUGUUGAAAAAUUGUAUAAGAUCUUAUUUUCAG